AUGCGGCUCUUGCACUACAGCGAGAGUGGACAGCUCAGCAUCCAUAGCUUCGAUGAUGGCGACAUACCCCCCUACGCGAUCCUUUCACACACUUGGGGAGCAGAUGGCGAUGAGGUGACCUUCGCAGACCUCCAGACAGGCGGCGGCGGCAGCAGCAGGAAGCUAGGCUACGAGAAGAUUCUCUUCUGCGGAAAACAAGCACGACAUGACGGUCUGCAGUACUUCUGGAUCGACACAUGCUGCAUUAACAAGAAUGAUAAGGCUGAGCUCGCCUUUGCUAUCAGGUCAAUGUUCCGCUGGUACCGCAACGCAGUUAGGUGCUAUGUCUAUCUGUCAGGUGUGUCAAAAAGGAAGAGGAAAGCCUGCGACAGAGCCACGGAGCUUAGCUGGGAGCCUGCUUUCAGAUCGAGCCGGUGGUUUACGCGUGGCUGGACGCUUCAAGAGCUUCUUGCUCCAGCCACAGUCGAGUUCUUCUCGCGAGAAGGAGAGAUCAUUGGCAGCAAGACAUCGCUUCAGACGAUGAUCCGCGAGAUAACUAGCAUUCCGCUUGAAGUGCUUAACGGGGCCCCACUUUCUCGGUUCAGCGUCAACGAGCGGUUGAGGUGGGCAGAGGGCCGGAUAACUGGGCGCGUCGAGGACAGAGCAUACUGCCUGCAAGGAAUCCUCGAUGUUGAGCUAGCGCCGGUAUAUGGUGAGGGCGAGGCUGGCGCUUUUGACCGUCUAAAGCGCGAGAUGUACAAGCUAGAACAAUGCCUCAAAGAUAUACGCCAAACAAACCCUCGUGAUGAUAAGAAGCGCAUCGAGGAGACAAAAGGAGGACUGCUAACAGACUCCUACCGCUGGGUUCUGGACAACACCACUUUCCAGCAGUGGCAGCAAGACUCGAACAGCCGGCUGCUGUGGGUAAAAGGUGAUCCUGGUAAAGGCAAGACGAUGUUGCUCUGCGGCCUUGUCAACGAGCUGCAAAGUUCGAUGCCUAGAACUGAGCUUCUGUCGUACUUCUUCUGCCAAGCGACUGACUCGCGCAUCAACAGCGCUACAAGCGUGAUACGAGGAUUGCUGUAUAUGGUUGUAGAUCAGCAACCGUCACUUAUGUUACAUAUCCGCAGAAGGUACGAUCAUGCAGGCAAGGCCCUGUUUGAGGAUGCGAAUGCUUGGGUAGCUUUGUCUGAAAUCUUCACAAGCAUGACGCAGGACAAGGGGCUGAAGACAACUUAUCUUGUCGUUGAUGCUCUCGACGAAUGCGUAGUGGACCUGCCCAAGCUCCUCGAUCUUAUUGUCUAUACUAGCACAUUGUCACCUCGUAUAAAGUGGCUCGUGUCAAGUCGAAACGAGGGUCGCAUCGAGGAGAAGCUCAAAUCGAUUAGUGAUGAAGCAAAGCUGAGCCUAGAGCUGAAGCAGAACGCUGAGCAGGUAGCUCGAGCUGUAGAUGCAUAUAUCGACCACAAGCUGUCUUGUCUCGGGUCACUCGGAGAAGCGGAUCUGCGAAAGCAGGUGCGAGAUGAGCUGCACCAGAAGGCGAACGGCACCUUUCUUUGGGUGGCUUUGGUGAUGCAGGAGCUUGAGAAGUCGGAAAGCUGGGACCCACUAGCUGUGGUUGAGGAAGCGCCAGCGGGCUUACAGCAGUUGUACGAUCGCAUGAUGGGGCAGAUCCAGCGGCUGUCAGCAAGGAAUGUGGACAUCUGCCAGUCUCUACUCUGUACUACAGUUGUCGCAUAUCGUCCGCUCUACCUUGCUGAGAUGGGCAGCCUGUACAGGUCGGAAGGUCGAGCUGCAAUAGUAGCGGAGACCGUAAGAAAGAUUGUGGCCAUGUGUGGAUCGUUUCUCACGGUUCGCGAUGAGCAAGUCUACCUCGUUCAUCAGUCAGCCAAGGACUAUCUGAGCGACAAGAUGCGAGCUACAACCCUUCCGUCCCAGAGCGAGAUGCACUAUACCCUGUUUACCCAGUCAAUCAAGCUACUGUCUAGUAAAUUAAAACGCGACAUGAGCAAUUUGGUCAAGCCGGGCUUCUCAAUCGAUGAGGUCCGAACUCCUGAUCCUGAUCCGCUGGCGACCGCGCGCUACUCGUGCAUCUACUGGGUCGAUCACUUGUGCGAGUCGAAGCCUGAGUCUCUAGCGAGCAUUGCUGUUAAACUGCAAGUCCUAGACGUAGUCGACAAGUUUCUAAGAGAGAAGUAUCUCUACUGGCUAGAGGGGCUUAGUCUGUGUAAAAGCGUAGGGAAAGGCGUCGUCUCAAUGGGAAGACUGUGGUCACUAGUGCAGGAGAUGUGUGACCAAGAUAGACUUACUCGGCUCGUUCAAGACGCACGGCGAUUCAUCAUGUACCACAAAGGAGCAAUUGAGGGAUACCCUCUUCAGACCUAUGCAUCCGCACUCCUGUUUAGUCCGACAGGCAGUCUAAUCAGACAGCUGUUCCAGCACGAAGAGCCAGAAACAAUCAGGAUUAGGCCAGCUCUGAGCGACGAGUGGAGUGCGUGCCUGCAGACGCUCGAGGGCCAUAGCCAUUGGGUCAGCUCGGUGGCCUUCUCGCACGACUCGACGCGGUUGGCGUCGGCGUCCUGGGACAAAAUCGUCAAGAUGUGGGAUGCGAGUAGCGGCACGUGCCUGCACACGCUCGAGGGCCAUAGCAGUUUAGUCAGCUCUGUGGCCUUCUCGCACGACUCGACCCGGCUGGCGUCAGCGUCUGGCGACAGGACUGUCAAGAUGUGGGAUGCGAGUAGCGGCGCGUGUCUGCACACGCUCGAGGGCCAUAGCAGGGAUGUCAGCUCGGUGGCCUUCUCUCACGACUCGACGUGGCUGGCGUCGGCGUCUGGCGACAGCACCCUCAAGAUGUGGGAUGUGAGCAGCGGCGCGUGUCUGCACACGCUUGAGGGCCAUAGCAGUCGUGUCAGCUCGGUGGCCUUCUCGCGCGACUCGACCCGGCUGGCGUCGGCGUCCCGGGACAAAACCGUCAAGAUGUGGGAUGCGAGCAGCGGCGCGUGCCUGCACACGCUCGAGGGCCAUAGCCAUUGGGUCAGCUCGGUGGCCUUCUCGCACGACUCGAUCUGGCUGGCGUCGGCGUCCUGGGACAGCACUCUUAAGAUGUGGGAUGUGAGCAGCGGCGCGUGUCUGCACACGCUCGAGGGCCAUAGCAGUCGUGUCAGCUCGGUGGCCUUCUCGCACGACUCGAUCUGGCUGGCGUCGGCGUCAGAGGACAAGACCGUCAAGAUAUGGGAUGCGAGUAGCGGCGCGUGUCUGCACACGCUCGAGAGCCAUAGCAGUUUAGUCAGCUCGGUGGCCUUCUCGCACGACUCGACCCGGCUGGCGUCGGCGUCCUGGGACAGGACUGUCAAGAUGUGGGAUGUGAGCAGCGGGGCGUGUCUGCAAACGCUCGAGGGCCAUAGCAGUCGUGUCAGCUCGGUGGCCUUCUCGCACGACUCGACGUGGCUGGCGUCGGCGUCUGAGGACAGGACCGUCAAGAUGUGGGAUGCGAGCAGCGGCGUGUGCCUGCACACGCUCGACGUUUGCAAACCUCUUCGCCGCUUAUCCUUUGAUCCUACUGGUUUUCGCCUCUACACUGAAAUAGGUACUAUCGACAUUCAGAGCGUAAAGAUAUCUCGCAGGACGGAUUUCGCAGAACCUGCGAUCCCUAUGUACCUAGGCACUAGCUUUAGCUUAGACGGCAUAUGGAUUCAGCAUGCUAGCAAUAACCUGUUAUGGGUACCAUCGGAGUAUCGACCGUUGCGUGAGGCUGUGUAUGGAACUAUGGUUGGAGUAGGUGUUGGGUCUGGAAGAGUGUGGAUUUGUAGUGUAGACCUUUAG